UUUUUUAGGUUAUAGAAUCUCUAAACCAACAGAAAGGAAGGUGCGGAGUGAAAAUUUUUCUUCUGCCCAUCUGCAGUUCGGAGUGUGAAAUUUGAUGACCAUUUAUCGCGAGGUUUGUAGUCGAAUUCCAAGCGUGUGGCCAGCAGCAUCGUGGUUCCAGUGAUCACUCACGGGUAGCGGUGUGGGAGAAAUUGCAUUUGAAACCGGAAGACCUAAGAACGGAAAGACAGUCACUAGAUAUCAUCGGUUUCGUUCGGUGAGAAAAAUAUCAUUCCUGUAUUGUAUCGGCGGACAAACGCGUGAUUGGCGAAAAUGGAGCAAAUCAUCCGGAAUUUGUUGGUAGCGGAUACUGAAUUAAUACAACAGGCCAGCGCCGAUCUGAAGGAGGCCUUCAAGCGCCCAGAGGCAGUUCCCCAGUUGUGCGAAAUCGUCGUGUCCCACAAUGAUCCCCAGAUCCGUAAAUACAGUGCCAUGCUGUUGAAGAAACAGCUCAGCAAACUACGGAACUGGCAACAGGUUCCGGUCGAACAGCAGGCACUAAUCAAGCAAGGUAUGCUGGAAGCCAUCGUCAAGGAACCUGAUAACUCUGUUCGCACUGCGAUCACAGCUUUCGUGGGCAUACUGGUGCGCCACGAAGCGGCCAAAGACAAUGUCUGGAUGAACGAGGUGCUCAAGUUCAUGUUCGACAGCACGAGCUCCAGUGAUCCCAAGAUGGCCGAAGUUGGAUCAGCCACAUUUGCCACCUUGGCGGACACUUCACCGGAUCAGUUAAUUCCGCACUUUGAAACAGUAUGCCAACUGUUCUCUUCGGCGCUGGUAGCAACUGAAGCUAGCGGAAAUAUGGCCACUCCUGUUGUCUUCAACAUCCUACAGGGAAUGUCCCAUUUGGUGCGAUUCAUAACCGGUCAUCCAGUAGCUGAAAACACCUACCAGGCGUCGAUCCCGUACGUCACCAAGGCGCUACUCGGUUUUGCUCAUCAGGAUUCUUUCAAAUUUAUCGAAGCUUUCGAUAUCCUGGAAAAUCUAGCUGACGAGUCCUCACGAAUUUUAACCCCUCAUGUGCCACUGCUAAUCGAUUUUUGCUUGGAAAUCGCCAAGAGCCCUCUGGAUGAUUCUAUUCGGGUGAAAGCCAUCACCUAUAUCGGAUGGUUGGUUCGAUUGAAGAAGAAAAUAAUCAUCAAGCAGAAAUAUGUCGAGCCGAUCGUAUUCGCCCUGUUCGGCUUGAUGAGUAAUGAUCCAGAUAUCGAAGAUGAAGUGGAAGAAUACUUCGGUAGUAAUGAAGUAUCCACCCCGAGCACCUGUGCCGCCCAGACGCUGGACGUACUGGCAUUGCACAUUCCUCCAAAGCAACUGAUUCCUCCGUUGAUGGCCCUUGUCGAACCAGCCCUCCGUGGAAACUCUCCACUGGAGAAGAAAGCUGCAUAUCUCUCGAUUGCCGUCAUUGCUGAAGGUUGCUCGGAACACAUUUGCAGCAAAUACUUGAAACCUCUUCUGGAUGUGAUCAAAACCGGCAUUACCGACGCUCACCCGUUGAUUCGUAAUGCAGCUCUAUUCGCCCUGGGACAGUUCUCCGAGCAUCUCCAGCCGGAAAUCUCGCAAUACGCCGAAGAAAUUCUUCCCAUCCUGUUCGAAUUCCUGCAGCAACUGUGCCUGCAGAUUCGCAGCGGUGGCAUGGAACCUCGUCACAUUGAUCGGGUAUUCUACGCUCUGGAGACAUUCUGCGAAAAUCUCGAAGAUCAACUGACGCCUCAUCUACCAAUUUUGAUGGACCGUCUUUUCGAAGCACUUGAUUCACGGAACACGGUUCAUCUGAGGGAGCUAUCAUUGACCGCAAUUGCCGCCACUGCAAAUGCAGCUAAAGUCCACAUGCUUCCAUAUUUCCCUCGCUUGAUCGAUAAUCUGAAAAUGUAUCUGGUGAAAACGGAAGAUGAGGACAUUUGCACUUUGCGCCCCCAGGCUAUCGACACCUUUGCUGCCCUGGUGAGAACGAUCGGAAAGGACAACUUCCUUCCAUUGGCAGUGGACACCCUCAACCUUGGUUUAACCAUGUUAGACGGCUGUAACGAUCCAGAUCUGCGAAGAAGCUGCUAUAAUUUGUUUGCCUCGAUGGCUUCUUCUGUGAAGGAGGACAUGGCUGGUUCGUUGUCCAAAAUCGUGGAGUCCAUGUUGGAAAGUGUCAAAAGUACGGAAGGAAUUGUGCCAACGUUCAAGGAUGAUGGGGAUGAUCUGGCACUGUUGAACGGUGCCGACGACGACGAAGAAGACGACAAGGAGUUUGACAUUGAAGGUUCAGAUACGGACGAUGGCGGCGACGACGACGACAUCGCUGGCUACAGUGUAGAAAAUGCCUAUAUGGACGAAAAGGAGGAAGCUAUAUUGGCUUUGAUGGAAUUUGCCGAACACACUGGACCAGCGUUUGCACCGUUCAUUCAAACCGCCUUUGAAGAAAUUUACAAACUAAUCAACUAUCCAAACGAAGACAUUCGCAAAGCUUCGAUUGAUGCCUUGAAGCAGUUCGUGAUAUCGCUUCACGAGCUGGGAAACGGAGAGGGCGUUAACCAAACCAUUCUGAUUUUGAUUCCCAAGCUGAGCGAGAUUAUCCGGACGGACGAGGAACGAACCGUCGUCAUGUCGGCUUUGGAUGGAUACAGUGACAUUCUGGAGAAAGUUGGGUCUGCUACUAUGCAAGCCGACGGACAGAAGGAUGCCAUUUUUGGAUGUAUCGUUGAUGUCCUGAACGGUAAAGUAGCCUGUCAAUUUGACGAACCCGUCGAGGAAGAGCAAGAGGAAAGUGAGUACGAUGAAGCCAUCAUCGAGUCGGCUGGUGAUAUUCUGCCUAAAUUUGGACGUGCCCUUCCUCCGGCCGAAUUUGCCGUUUACUUUGGACGCGUUUGGCCUUACUUCAUUCAAAAAAUUGAGAAAACCAAACACAAGGACGAAACCACAGACUCGCAGCGCGCCUUCGCGAUUGGUGUAUUGUCCGAGUGCUUCAGUGGCCUGAAAGAGUUUACCGCUAACUGGGUCGAGUCGCUUUUGCCUAUCUUCCUAUCUUGCGUACAGGAUCGCAACAAUGAGGUGCGAAACAAUGCGGUGUACGGUAUCGGUGAAAUGGUUCUGCACGGAACCGACUGUUCUUACAAGCAUUACCCGCAAAUCUUGGCGUCCCUAUCCAAUGUGGUCGCGAAGGAGCAGCAUGCUGGUACUUUGGAUAACAUUUGUGGAGCCCUGGCACGUCUCAUUUCAACCAACAGUAGUCAAGUUCCAAUGAAGGAGGUUCUACCGGUGUUCGUACAAUAUUUACCCCUGCGAGAGGACUUUGAAGAAAAUCUCGCCGUGUUCCGCUGCUUUGAUGUGAUCUACCGUCAAGGAAACGAAUAUCUAAUUCCACUUCUGGGGCGCGUUCUAGUAAUCGGUCUGCAGGUCCUGUACAAAAAGCAGCACAACAAUGACGAGUGCCGCGAUCUGGUGUUCAACUUUGUCAAGCAGAUCAACCGGGACUUUCCGGACAAAUUCGCCGAAGUGAUGCGCAGCGAUCCCGAGAUUGCCAGUUUCGUCGAAACGCUUCCGCUCCAGUAGAAGUCGGUGCGCGUGCAUUUAAUGCGCAAACUGUACGUAUCAUAUAUUGACCCUUAUCUGCAGACUUGUGUGCGCC